AUGGCGAAGAGCUCUUUUAAGCUGGAACAUCCCCUCGAGAGGAGGCAGGCUGAAGCUGCCCGCAUUAGGGAAAAGUACCCUGACAGGAUCCCGGUAAUUGUUGAGAGGGCUGAAAAGAGUGAUGUCCCUGACAUUGACAAGAAAAAAUACCUGGUUCCUGCUGAUCUCACUGUUGGACAGUUUGUUUAUGUGGUCCGGAAGAGGAUCAAGCUGAGUCCCGAGAAGGCCAUUUUCAUUUUUGUGAAGAAUAUUCUACCGCCAACUGCUGCCAUGAUGUCUGCAAUCUAUGAGGAGAAUAAGGAUGAAGAUGGCUUUCUUUACAUGACCUAUAGUGGUGAGAACACAUUCGGGAUCCUCUAA